UUUAGCCAUAAUUAUGACUUGUGUGGCUGUGUUAAAUAGUGAUAACCUUGUAUGUUUGAGUGGCUAAAAUGUGAUAUACAAACUUAUUUCAACGUGGCUAUAUUAUGUUUUAAUUUGAAUCCAUUCCAGGGUCAACCACACAUACUCACACAGGGCAGGGCACGUCAUUAUUGAUAAAUGAUUCUGAAACCCAUUUGUUAUUGUUGCAGCAUCCUCUAUGCUGAGUUACUUUUGCCCGUGGCUACUUGCGCUUUUGAACAUCGCUUCGGAGGCUGCUAGCCCAUCUGCAGUAGCAGCUACAUGUAUGUAGAGGAGCGAUGAUGAUGCAGGACCUAUGAAAUGACUAUGCUACUGUCUUUAAAUCAAGAAUGGUGUUAACCUUUUGAUCACCAAAUAGAUAGGAUGCUGGAUCUUAUUCGGUUUGAUAUCAGUGCAAUGCUUGAUGAUCUGUUUGUGUAGGCUACAUCAGGAGCGUCUGUAGAAUAUUCAAUCUCUAUAGCCUAUAUUUGACAGGCAGGUGCUUGUUUGCUGCGAUGGUUCGGAUGAUGGAGUCUCAGUGCGAGUAUUUCAUGUAUUUCCCCGCGGUGCCAAUCUCCGACCUUUCGGACCCGGCCCGUUACAGAACCUUACCCCGGCGCAGUCACCUCUACCUCGGCGAGACGGUCCGCUUCCUCCUGGUGCUUCGGUGCAGGGACGCGUCCAGCGGAGAGACACCGACAGGGCCGGGGAUUGGGAUAGUGGGAGGCGGGGAAGGUGUUGCUGGGUUCGGCUCGGAGACCCCAAGUGUCCGGGCAUGGAGGGAGCUGGCCGGUUCUUUGUGCGCCGUGGCCAGCGUCAGCCCCGGAGAGAGCAGGCACCGGUCGCAUCAUCUCCACCAUGAUUACCAGAGCAGCGGGGACGAGGGCACGGAGGAGGCCGAGGAUGAGUACGGGGCUCCGGCUUUGACAGGCAGGGUGGAUGCGAGAUGCCGGGGCUUCAGGGACUGCAGGCCGCUUCUCAUCCACAACAGCACGGGGAGUGGGGUUCGGGAGUUCCGCAGGGCGCCGUUGCAGUCUCCAUUGGACGAGCCUGUUGUGUUGACUGAUGAAGUCAUCUUCCCCCUGACCGUGUCAUUAGACAAACUUCCCGUCGACACCCUCAAAGUCAAGGUGAUGGUGACAGUGUGGAAGAGGGAGGCAGAGAAAGCGGAGGUUCAGGAACAUGGCUACCUUAGCAUCCUACAGCAGCGAAUCCCCACACACACCUUCAGACAAGACCUUAACACCUUCAAAGCACAGGUGAGCACCACUCUGACAGUGCUACCACCCCCUACUGUUCGCUGUAAGCAGAUGACUGUCUCUGGGAAGCAUCUCACUGUGCUCAAAGUAUUAAAUGAGUGUUCUCAGGAGGAGGUGACUGUGAGGGCCAUCAGGAUUCUGCCAAACUUCAAUACCUCCUACCUGCCCAUGAUGCCAGAUGGAUCUGUGAUGCUUGUCGACAACGUGUGCCACCAGUCAGGAGAGGUUGCCAUGGAGUCGUUCUUCAGGAUGGAGAGUGUAGCCUGUCGACUACCCAGCAUGCUCAGUGCCCUGGAGGAAUAUGACUUCCUGUUCCAGCUGCAGCUCAGCGACAUGCCCCAGGACGACUCCAAAGAGGGUCUUGAAGUUCCUCUAGUAGCAGUGCUUCAGUGGUCAACUCCCAAGAUGCCCUUCACCAACUGCAUCUACACACACUACAGACUGCCCAGUAUCCGGUUGGACCGUCCCAGGUUCGUGAUGACUGCCAGUAGCCCCAGCACCGUGCAGACCAAGGACCACUUUAGGGUCAGAUACACUCUGCUCAACAACCUGCAAGACUUCCUGGCUGUACGUCUGGUCUGGACACCCGAGGGUCGUGGGCAGAGUGAGGAUGCAUCGUUGGGGGCUGUAGUGUGUCACUCCCCCCUCAGUAACCUGGGCCACUGUCGGAAAGGCUGCACUCUCUCCUUCACUGUCGCCUUCCAGAUACUCAAGGCAGGACUCUACGAGCUGAGUCAACAUAUGAAGCUGAAGCUGCAGUUCACAGCAUCUGUCUCCAACCCACCCCCCGACGCCCGCCCUCUCUCCCGUAAGAACAGUCCAUCCAGCCCUGCUGUAAGAGACCUACUGGAUAGACACCAGGCCAGUCUGGGACGAUCACAGAGUUUCUCUCAUCAACAACCGUCACGCUCUCACAUCAUGAGGACUGGCAGUGCGAUGGAAAGGCGAGCCAUCACCCCCCCGGUGGGCUCUCCUGUAGGUCGGCCCCUCUACCUGCCCCCCCAGGAGAAAGCUGUGCUGUCAUUGGACAAGAUCGCUAAGAGGGAGUGCAAAGUCCUGGUGCUGGACCACAUCAGCUAGGAGAGGGAGGGAGGGAGAUGAGAGGUGAAGAGGGAAGGGAAGAUACAAGAUGUGGGGUGAAGGAGGAUGGGGGGGGGAUAGGGUAGAGAGAGAAUAAGAGAUAGAUAAGAUGAAUGGAGGGAGAAGAAUGUUGACAAGGAUAGAUGAGCGAAAGAUGCAGAUAGAGAGAAAUGAGUGUGAAGAUGAGGGCCUAAGAUCUAAACUGAGGAUGAGGCAGAAGCCACAGUUAUCUAAAUGUAACUGUUUUGAUCUCUAACACUCAUGCUGCUACUGAUGUGUGAACUAUAGAAGUAGUUUAUUCUAUUUCUGUGGUCAGAACAACAAACCUGUUGGAGUGUGAAGAGAACCCAUGUGAAACCAUGUCGCAUCUGUGAGGUCACAGUGGUCGGUUUGAUGUCCCUACCCUAACCAUAACCCCCACCCUUACUGUAAACAUAACCCUUACCUAACUCUAAUCUUAACUCUCGCCAUAACUGUUAAAUUUAAACUUCAAUGGGGUGACGUCAGAAUUGUGAUGUCCUAAGGAUUCCGUUUAGACUUUUCCCUUGAUUAAUUUCUUAUUUAGAUAGAACUAUCCCUUUUAAGGAGAAAUACUAUUGUACACUUCUCAAAUACUGUGUUAUACUUUGCUAAAUGCUGCCAGUUAUGCAAGCUAUACAGAACAUUAUUGCACUGUACAAACUUCACUGUCCAUGAUGCCUUUUACAGUGUUUAGCUCUAUUUAUUAUUCUGAUCUCUUACUCCCCCCCCCCCCUUCUUGGCUCAGUGUCAGUAUAGUAAUAUCAGCAAAGCCAUACUUUUAAGCUGCUGCUUGUGAAAGCAUGUUUUGAUUGUUUUUAAAGACUUUUGUUAAUAUUGACAGUUUAAAAUGCUCAGGCACUUUAAUUGAAGUCGCUUUACAGUGAAUCAGUGCUGCUCCCUGUUGUUGAAACUCCGUGGGAUGCAUCUCAAUAGUCUUAGGGGGUGUGCACUCAUCACCUUUCCUCCAUCUAAGUACACUGACAUUAAGAAACUGGCAAGGUGGAAGCUAAGUCCUAGUCCGCCUCUCACGCAGGAAAGAUGGAGGGGAAAAGGACAGGAUAAUAGGAGAGGAGGCCACUAUAGACUAUUGAGAUGCAGCUGGUAUUCUUUUCUGCUAUUGUUGAUUCCUGGUUUACAUUAGGAGAGGAGAGAACUACUUGAUCUCUGUAUCGCUGCAUCUCAUCAAGAUCAUUAAAUCCCAUCAGCAGC